CUAGCAUGAACUUUAUCACCGAAAGGCUCGCUAACUCAUUAAAACUCAAUCAACAGAAAUGUUCGGUCCCAAUCGGAGCACUCAACACGUUAUCGACGACCUCGAAACGCUACAUCACGGCCACGAUCACCUCUAUUGACGGCACAUACGAACGCAACUUGACGUUUCUGAUCAUACCGACUAUCGCGUCUUGGGUCCCAAACCAACCCGUAGAUCGCUCAACGAUACAGAUACCUAGGAAUCUCCAAUUAGCCGGUCCAAGAUUCCAUAGACCUGCUCCGAUCGAAAUAUUGUUGAGCGCCGGACCAACACUAGCAUCACUCUGUGUCGGCCAACUUGAUAUCAGUCAAGCAAACGGGCCCGACUUGCGUCUGCAAAAGACGAGAUUCGGAUGGGUCAUCGGGGGGAGCCCAACCUCACAAUCAUUAGCAUACGCAUUUCACACCUCCACGACGGCUUUACAGGCGGACCUCGCCCGUUUUUGGGAAAUCGACGAGGGACCGCCCACCGCAAGAAUUUCGGAAUCGGAACGACAGUGCGAGGAGCACUUUCGAAAUCACGUUCAACGCAACAACGAAGGGCGAUACGUUGUCGCUCUCCCAUUCAACGAAACAACUCCUCCGCUUGGAUCUUCGAAAGCCAUGGCAAUGAAGCGACUCACGUCCCUCGGCCGUCGAUUCCAACGAGACAAACAAUUCGAAGCCGACUAUCACGCCGUAAUACAAGAAUACUUGGAAUUAGGACAUAUGACGAAGAUCACCACGGACCACUGCACGGACGACGGAUAUUUUCUGCCACAUCACGGCGUGAUCAAAGAAUCCAGCCGGACUACAAAACUCCGAGUUGUGUUUGACGGAUCUGCACCAACCACCACCGGAGUUUCAUUAAACGACGUACUUCAUACGGGACCGAAACUACAAGACGACAUAUUUCUUAUCCUUUUAAGAUUUCGUUUUCAUCAGUAUGUCAUUACAGGCGAUGUCGAAAAGAUGUAUCGACAAUUUCUUGUGCGUCCAGAGGAUCGGAAAUUCCAACAAAUCUUGUGGCGCAACUCGGACGGAGAAGUGGACAUCUAUCAACUUAACACAGUGACAUUCGGGCUGUCAGCGGCCCCCUACCUAGCCAUUCGGUGCCUCAAACAACUGGCAGACGACGAGGGACAUCGAUACCCACGAGCAGCGAUGGUCUUACAGCGAGACUUCUACGUCGACGAUGUUCUCACAGGAGCCGAAACAAAGAACGAGGCACAAUCACUAAGAACGGAGCUCAUAGAAUUGCUUAAAUUAGCCGGCUUAAACAUCCGAAAAUGGGCAGCGAACGACCGGGAACUGCUACGAGGACUUUCCGAGCAGGACAUAAACGAUAAGCUGCUACUAGGCGAAUCGCAAACUUUCAAAACUCUGGGUGUUGUUUGGAAUUCCUUUGACGAUUCGAUCCUGUAUUCCGUCAAAAUCAAUCCUACCGCCUCUCGAAUUACGAAGAGAACAAUCAGCUCCGAAAUUGCCAAAAUCUACGACCCUCUUGGAUUACUGGCACCAGUGAUCGUUCGCGCUAAGAUGUUGCUCCAACGACUUUGGACUUUAAAACUUGACUGGGACGAAUCUCUUCCGGCUGACGUACACACAGAAUGGAGCAAAUAUUAUUCACAGCUACCUUUGCUAAAUAACGUGAAGUUUCCACGUAAAACUAUAAUCAAGACUGCAGCGGAAAUUGAAUUACACGGAUUCUGCGACGCCAGCGAAAGGGCGUAUGGGGCAUGCGUCUACCUUCGCACCAUCGCUCCGGAUGGUCAUGUUUGGACACGACUCCUCACCGCAAGGUCAAAAGUGGCUCCACUCAAAUCACAAACCAUUCCAAGGCUGGAACUGAGUGGAGCACUUCUUCUCGCAUCAUUGGCCACUACAGUCCUUCAAGCGUUACCAAGCAACAUUUCUCGGACCGUUUACUGGACUGAUUCUACAAUCGUUUUACACUGGAUUAAUACAUCACCCCAUACGCUGAAAACCUUCGUCGCCAAUCGUGUGACAGAGAUUCAACAAAAGACUCACACCUCAGAUUGGCGCCACAUUCCCACUACCGAUAACCCUGCAGAUCUCAUAUCUCGAGGCCAAUCACCCCAAGACUUCCUGCGAUCUACCAUUUGGCAACAUGGACCAGAAUGGCUCCAACAACCUGAAAAAUACUGGCCGUCGUGGAACCCAGUACCAUUAGUUGAAAUACCAGAGCAAAAGAAGGCAACAUGUCUGUCCGUGACUCCGCCUGACCACAGUCUACUGGAGAGAUAUUCUUCUUGGCCCAAGCUGAUAAGAAUUGCCGCUCGUUGCCUCCGAUGGAGGCAAAAGCAGGAUCGGGGGAGACCUCUAACCACACAUGAUUUAACCAAUGCGCAUAACAAAUUGGUCAAAUUGUUACAACUUUGUUAUUUUCCAGAUGAAAUACGUACUCUCCGCACAGAUCGAAAUUCUGCAGUGAAGGGGAAGCUGCAUCGACUCAAUCCAUUUCUGGACAAGGACGAGAUAUUGCGAGUCGGAGGCCGACUCAGUCAUUCACCAAUGCCCUUCACUCAGAAACACCCAAUCAUUCUACCCAAAUCCUCAGUUACAGCACUCAUAAUCGAGCAUGAACACCUCCUAAAUCUCCACUCCGGAACUCAAGCUACCUUAUAUGCCUUAAGGAGAUCUUACUGGCCUAUCGACGGCCGUAGUCAAGUUUGGAGCACGCUGAAGAAGUGCGUACGUUGCUGCCGAGCCAAUCCACCUCCAGUAGAGUACGUAAUGGGCGACCUUCCAGCUGCACGGAUAACGGAAUCUCGUCCAUUUACGAACGUCGGAAUCGAUUAUUGCGGACCGUUCUACAUCAAGGAACGAAAGGAUCGCAACCGACGAAAAAUCAAGGUAUAUGUAGCAAUCUUCGUAUGCCUUGCAGUUAAAGCAGUCCACCUCGAGCUGGUCACCGAUCUCACUAGCGAGGCCUUCAUUGCUGCUCUGCGAAGAUUCAUCGCUCGCCGAGGAUUCUGUGCAACAAUUUAUUCUGACAACGGCACCAACUUCGUUGGCGCCAACAAUGAAUUACGAGAGCUCCGAAACCUCCUGCAGUCCGACGAUCAUAAGGUAAGGAUUCAGUCCUUUUUAGCCGAUCGACGAAUCGAAUGGCACUUCAUUCCUCCCAACUCACCUCACUUCGGCGGGCUGUGGGAGGCUGCGGUGAAGUCCUUCAAACGACAUCUCAGACGUGUCGCAGGUAACGAGCUCUUAACAUACGAAAAUUUGAACACACUGAUCAUUGAAAUCGAGUCUAUCCUCAACUCCCGUCCUCUGACUCCAAUAUCAUCUGACCCAAACGAUCUUCUUGUCCUUACUCCCGGUCACUUCCUCAUCGGAGAUGCACUAACAAGCUUUCGAGAACGAGAUUUCCAGGAUACUCCAUCCAAUCGUCUCUCCAGCUGGCAACAUAUUCAAAGGAUCAAACAACAUUUCUGGCGCCGUUGGCAUCGAGAAUACCUGAACGAGCUGAACAUCCGAAAUAAAUGGAGCAAGGGCAGUCACGACAUCCGAGUAGGCACCGUAGUAGUCCUCAGGGAGGAUAACGUACCAUCCAUGCAAUGGCCUUUGGGCCGCGUGAUCAAGGUCCAUCCAGGAGUCGACGGAAUCAUACGGACCGCCACCGUGCAGACGGCAACAACUACCCUGGAUCGUGGCGGUUAG